CCCAAACUCCCAAAUCGUCAUACCAAAUGCCCCGUAAAGGCUAUAGAAGGGGUAAAUAAGUCCUUUCAGAUCUUAUAGAGACUUCCAGUCGAACAGCCAAAAACUACUCCCAUUUCUUUGCUCGAUCACCGUCACCGUCGCCGGAGAUCUCUUCCAAUCAUCACUCUCUCUCAAAAUUAGGAUCUCAUCUAAUGCAAAACCGCUGAUUUCAACUAAUUAGGGUUUUUCCGGCAGAAAUUCGACGAGAUUCUGAGCAUAAAAAGGAGGAAUAAAUUAUGUCGGCGUUGUUCAAUUUUCACUCUUUUCUGACGGUGGUGCUGCUAGCUAUUUGUACCUGCACUUAUAUCAAGAUGCAUUUUCCUGCUAUCCUUGAACAGAGAACUGGGUUUCGAGGUUUCUUUUGGAAGGCUGCUAGGAUUGGUGAAAGGCUGAGUCCAUGGGUCGCUGUAGGAUGCUUCACUAUGGGUGUAUCAAUAAUUUUUUUCUAAUAGAAACCAAAGUUGUGCAUGCUAAUUUUGCUCAUGAUAAUCUGCUGGUUGAAUUAGAAGCGUUUAUCUGUGGAAGAUGUUUGUACUGCCCUUUCAUGGAUCAAGGAGCUCAUUUUUUGAAUUAGGCCUACUUAGUUAAUGUUGGACACUAUAUUAUAUCUUGGAAAACCCAAAUGUAAUUGUUUUUUACAACUUACAAACCAGAUCUAUUUGACUUGUAUUACUGUACGUCUGUACCCCUCAAAAUUAUACCUGUAAGCUAUUCAUAUAUCUGAUUGUGACUCGCUUAUUGUCACAGCGAAGCGAGUCAUUUUGUUUUUACGCUGACAA